AUGGCUGACGACGGCGAGUGGCACACAGUUACAAGUAACAAGCAUGCGCAUCCAGCACCAGCAGAUACUUCAAAUGGGUCUGCUGCCAAGAACGCACAUGCUGCUCCUUCACAACAAGCUUCGAAAUCUCGACGCAAGUCUCGACACAAAAUCAAUGCACCCAAACAGCAGCUCGCAAAGAAUGGCAACAACCACAAGAAGUCAUCUAGCACUCCUUCAACCAACACUACCCGAUCUGCUAAACCAAACGCCCGUAGCCAUCAUCAUGGUCAUGUUACUGCUGCUUCUUCCAAUCCAUUCCAUGCAGCAGCUGACGACGACGAUUCCGAUGAAGAAGAGGAGGACGGACAAGUGGACCCUAUCGAUCUUCCUGUUCCUCCCUAUCACACCACCAUCGUUGUAUCCUGCCCUUUCAGUGAUUGCGAUUCUCCAAUCCCGUUUCUCGACACAACUUCCUUAGUCAAGCAUCUGAAAGGAGAGCAUAAACUCAUGUUCAAGAACCUACACCAUAUGUAUAUGGCUUUAGACGCUUACUUGGCUAGAUGGUCAAAGGAACUGGCAGCAAAGCCUGUUACCGAGUACGCUCAAUUGGAGUCAUCUGAUAAUAGAGAAGUAUAUGUGAUUGAUCCCGAGAAAUGUGUCUUGGACAAGGAAAUUAGAGAGGAUAUGCAACGUGCUAAAUUGAAUGAGGUGCUCAAGACCCAGCAAGAUGAGCGAGAAGUCGAUUCAAAAGCAUCUCGUAAAUGUCUCUUUUGCAAAAUCGUGUGUGAGAACAGAGCCAUUUUAUUCAAACACAUGUUUGCUGAACACAACUUCAAUAUUGGAUUACCAGACAACUUGGUGCAUGUCAAUGAAUUUCUCGAUACAUUGGAAGCCAAGCUGUCAAAGCUUCAAUGCUUAUACUGUGAAAAAACCUUUACAAGCCCUGCUGUUUUGCGCAAACACAUGAGAAAGAAGAAGCAUUUCAAGAUUGCUUCCAAGAACAGACAGUACGACCGAUUCUAUGUGAUCAACUAUUUAGAACCUGGAAAGAAUUGGGAGAGUUUCGAAAACGACAACUAUGAUAGUGAAGAUGAAAAGAAGGACGAAUCGUGGGCAGAUUGGGAGGAAGAUGUUCAGGAAUCGACCAUGUGCUUAUUCGAUACGCAAGUGCUGCCUUCACCCAAAGAAGCAUUGGAACACAUGAAGACAGUACAUUGCUUUGAUCUAACUGAACUCAAAAAAACCAAAGAUUUGGAUUUCUAUCAAAUUAUCAGAUUGAUCAACUAUAUUCGACACCAAUCCUCUCUUGGCACUUGCUUUUCCUGCGGCAAAGUCAUGGACAGCGAGACUGAUCUAGAAGACCAUUUUAAGCAAGGCAAUUGCAUUGCUGAAUUUGUGCCCAUGGACGCUUCUUUCUGGAUAGAUCCUCGCUACUUGAUUCCAACAUACGAAAAUGACCCAUUAUUAACAGGGUUCGAACAAGACAGUGAUGAAGACGACGAGGAUAUGGCAUUAUCUGAUGAUGAGGCAAACAAAAAGUAUCUUCAUCAGGUCAUGGAGAGAUCGCUGUCCAUUUCUGAAGAGAGGAAACUAGCGUAA